AUGGUGGCUUAUUAUGUUGCGACAAAUGGGAAACAUCGUUCUGGACUUGAACGGUUUUUAUUAGACAACCUUUUUGAAGGAAACCCUGUUGGCUUGGACGAAAUCAAGGAUGCCACGCUCGAAGAUAUUCUUUCGUUGAUACUUAAGCAACAACCUGAAGACAGACCAUCAGCCAACAAAGCGUUGAAACACCCAUAUUUAUUUUCAGAGAAGAUAAAACUGGAAAGGCUUCGUGCUAGAAGAAGAGGACAUCGCGGAGUGUGUACUAAAUUCGAGAAAGAGUCAGUUGAAUUGUUAUCACAGCCACCACAUGAUGAUCUUGUAGAUCGUAGUGAAAUCAUCGCACAACAACUCCAAGGGAAACUAAAAAUAUUACGUGAACUCGAUGAAGAAAUACUGAACACGUGUAAUGUUAAUGAAAUACAAGGUUCAAAUAAUCAAGCGACGAUCGAAAUUGUAAACGAAGAAAAUGUAACGAGUGACAACAGUACGACGACUGUUCAAUUUAAGUCAAAUAUGCCGAAGCUUCCUAAGCUGGAGCUUCCGAAAUAUGGUGGCAAGGUUACGGAGUGGAGUUCCUUUUGGGAUCUGUAUGAUUCUACGAUUCACAGUAAUCCAAAAAUUUCGAAUGUAAAGAAAUUCAACUAUCUGAAAUCGCUUCUCGAGGGAAACGCAGCGAGGGCCAUUAAAGGUCUAACAUUAACUAAUGCCAAUUACGACUCUGCUGUAAUAAUCUUGAACGAUCGCUUCGGGAAAACCCAGCAAACCAUAGCAUCUCACAUGGAUGAAAUUUAA